AUGUAUUCUUUCCUCACCCAGACAACACAUAGCAGUGCUAGAAGUAAAAAUGUGAAGACGUUACUUAACCUACAAUCUGCAAGCGUUCUUACCGAUUCUUGUGAAAACCCAGCCAACAAAACAUUCCAACAGUUAGUUCUUCAGGUGUUAAGAUAUAAAAUUGAAGAGAUUGAAUAUUUAAACAAAUUUAGAUUUCAUCCUAAUAACGACACAAAAAACGAAACAACUAAUAUCAGAGGAUCACAAAUUACGAAAGAUGUUAAUGCUCACAGCAACAAAUCUUCCAACAAUCGAACCGACGGAUACCUGUCUGAGAAACAUGUAGACAAAUUCAUUUCUGUUUAUAUUUUUCCGAUUAUUUUUUUUAGCGGUGUCAUAGGAAACUUGCUAUCACUGUUUGUUCUUCUUGGGAAAAAAAUGAGAAAAAAUUCAUCCUCCACUUAUUUGUCGGCGUUGACCGUGGUUGAUGCACUCGUGCUAACUUUUGCUUACAUGAUACCUUGGAUAGAAAAUUUUGGCUUUGUGUUUGAAAAUGUAUCAAUUUUUACAUGCAUUGGAAGGUAUUUUUUAGCUGGCUUUUUGAGUAAUUUUUCAGUUUGGUUGAUAGUGGCUGUAACUGUGGAAAGAUUCAUCGCAGUUUGUUUUCCGUUAAAAGCUGUCGCUAUGUGCCGCAAAGGGAAUGCUCUAAAGGUGAUUGCGGCGUUGCUGGUAUUUUUUUCUGCUUUGAAUAUUUAUGACCUGUGGACUACAAAACUGAUCGACUUUUAUGAUCAGAAAUCUAAAAUACACUAUCUGCAAAAUGCAGUGUUACAAAAGAGGAAUUUGAAGAAGUUUCAAACAACACUAAGUUACAAAAGUAGUUUGAGACGAGACAGCAAAAAGCAGCUUAAUGCAACGUCUAAUUAA